UCUCAUUCAAGCUGAAGUGAAAACGAGACCAAGGUCUUGCUCUACUAAUGGUACUUAUGAGAUCCAGUCCUGGCAACAUGGAAAGGAUAGUCAUCUGUCUGAUAGUCAUCUUCUUGGGUACAUUGGUCCAUAAAUCAAGUUCCCAAGGUCAAGAUCGCCACAUGAUUAGAAUGCGUCAACUUAUAGAUAUUGUUGAUCAGCUGAAAAGUUAUGUGAAUGACUUGGACCCCGAAUUUCUGCCAGCUCCAGAAGAUGUAGAGACAAACUGUGAGUGGUCAGCUUUUUCAUGUUUUCAGAAGGCCCAACUAAAGUCCGCAAACACAGGAGACAAUGAAAGGAUAAUCAAUGUGUCAAUUAAAAAGCUGAAGAGGAAACCACCUUCCACAAAAGCAGAGAGAAGACAGAAACACAGACUAACAUGCCCUUCGUGUGAUUCUUAUGAGAAAAAACCACCCAAAGAAUUCCUAGAAAGAUUCAAAUCACUUCUCCAAAAGAUGAUUCAUCAACAUCUCUCCUCUAGAACACAUGGAAGUGAAGAUUCCUGAGGAUCUGACUUGCAGCUGGACACUAUGUUACAUACUCUAAUAUAGUAGUUAAACUUAUUUCUUGGUAUUCCAAGUGAAGGAGUACAAUAUAUUAGCGAUGGGAAAAAACACUCUUAAGUGUGCUAAGUCAGGAUUAUUUCCCCAUAAUGACUAUGCAAUAGUCUGAUUUUCUAUGUCAUUGAUUCCUAUGACUUCUGAAGUUUUUACUUUAUCUCACUGCCCAACUUUGACAUUUCUUGGUUGAAGGAGAAGGCUAAAAUUUUUAACCAAAAAUACGGUUUUGACAUGUAUUGAUUUUAUAUUAACCUUGAGUUUGAUUACCACCAGAAUAUGGUCUAUUAUGAUCAUAACUUAAAACGUAUAUACCUUCAUUCAAGUUGAAAAUAUAGAAACAUAGAAGCAAAAUAUGUAAAAGCAAAAUGAAAAGUUAACAUCUUUAUUCUUUUAAGGAAAUGAAAACUGAGUGUUUAAAAACUUAUAUCUGAAUAGUUUUUU